CUCUCAUUUUCUUUUAUCCAACCAAGUAAGCCUCCAAUUCAUCGUUCGCCUGACCGUAGAUCGAUCUCAAUUCAGAGAAUUCUACUCUGCUUUUGGCUCUGUAUCCACACAUCUUAUAUGCAAUUUAGAGGAACCAAGCAGAGGUGGAUAUUGUACAAAAGGGGCAUUUUAGAUUCACUUUCUCUGGUUUUGUUGAGAGGGAACGUUCCAUGAAUAUCAACAGAGACGAGGCUCUCAGAGCCCAAUCUUUAGCAGAAUCUUUAAUGCAAAAGUCUGACUUCACCGCCGCUCGCAAGCUCGCCAUCAAGGCUCACAGCAUGGACUCCACCUUGGAGAACAUAUCUCACAUGACCAUGGUCUGCGACGUGCACUGCGCUGCCUCCACGGAGAAGAAGAAGAUGUUCGGUAACAACGAGAUGGACUGGUACGGGAUACUUCAGGUCGACACGAACGCUGACGAUACCAUCAUCAAGAAACAGUACAGAAAGCUGGCGCUUCUUCUCCACCCUGAUAAAAACAAGCUCCCCGGUGCUGAGUCCGCUUUUAAACUCAUCGGUGAAGCUCAGAGGAUGCUUUUGGAUAAAGACAAGAGGAUGGUUCAUGAUGCUAGACGCAGAACAAGGCCUGCACCAGCACCAGCAUCAUCGUAUAGGCCCCAACAACAGGUGCCUAGUUAUUAUCGUGCGCAGCAGGCGAGUGUUGAUAUGAGGAAUGUGUUCAACGGGGUGAGACCAGAGAAUAUGCGUCAUCCUCCUCAGCAACCAACGGCUUUUAGUCAACGGCGGUCAACGUUUUGGACGUCUUGUCCGUUCUGCGGGAGCAGGUAUGAGUAUGGAAGGGAGCAUAUCAAUAGAGAAGUUGCUUGCCACCAGUCUUGCAAGAAACAGUUCAUUGCUUUUGAAGUCGCUUUUGUACCACCGGCGAAUGGAUCGUAUAAUCAUCAGACUACUUCUUCUUUCAUGUUUCCAGGCCAAAGGGCUUCUUGUCCUGAGCCUCACAAGCGUCCAGAUGAUGCUGCGACGGCUUCUACUGCGGGAGACAAUAAGGGAAAGAGGAAGAGAAAGGAUAUGGAUGAAGUUAGCGAAAGCUCUGACAGUGAAAGUAGUAGCGAAUCAGAAGAUGAUGAUGAUACUAUGGCAGGAGGGGAUAUGGGGUCCAAUGGAGGAGGGCAGGAGCGUCGGAGGUCAGUACGUAGCAAGCGUCAGGUCUCUUAUAAUGAGGGUUUGAGCGAUGACGAUGAUGUUGACUUAGCCAACGACAUUGGGGAAGGGUCUGGUAAAAAUGUAGAUGCUGAAAAGGGAGAAGAGGCAGAAGAGGAUCAUCAUGACCAGUCUACUGAAACCUUAAACCCAAAGGAGAAGAUACAAGAAGAGAGGUUAGAUGAUUGGGAGGAAGAGGAUUCAGGUUUAGGAGGUGAAGCAGCAGAAGAACCAAAUGUAAUCAACUGUGAGGAUCCUGAGUUUUCUGACUUUGAUAAGUUGAGGGAGAAGAGCUGUUUUGAUGUUGGUCAGGUAUGGGCUUUGUAUGAUGAAGGAGAAGGGAUGCCUAGAUUUUAUGCUGUGAUAAGAGAAGUCGCAAAUCCAAAAUUCUCGGUUAAGUACGUAUGGUUAGAGCCCGGUGAAGAGGAUGAAACACGAGGUUUGCCUGUGUCUGUUGGUAGCUACGUACUUGGGGACGAGGGGAAGACGAGUAGCUGUGACUUAUUCUCUCAUUUGGUCCAAAUCAAGACGAGAAGGAAUGCUCGGAACUUUAAGGUGUUCCCGGGGAGAGGAGAAACGUGGGCUCUUUUCAAGAACUGGGACGUGGGUUCUCCUCGUGAGUAUGAGUUUGUUGAGAUACUGUCUGAUCAUGGGGAGGGAGCAACGGUAUCUGUGGGGUUCUUGUCUAAAGUGGAAGGGUUUAAAUAUGUGUACAGUCCAAUGCCAGAGGAGGAAGCUGACAUUUUUGAGAUUCCGCCUCAUGAGUUGUUUAGAUUCUCGCAUAGGGUUCCGUCGUUUAGAUUGAAGGGAACAGAAGGGAGAGGUGUGUUGGAAGGUUGGUAUGAGCUUGAUCCAGCUGCUUUGCCAGGUCCUUGCUCUCAGAAUAAUAUAUCAGAAGAAGAAGAAGCAGCAGCAACUCAAGACCAUCAAUCUCCACAUUCAGGAUCUGCUUGUUGAUGUUAUGUUGUGUCCAUGACUUGCUCAAAUCACAAAAGAAAACAGGAGCUCAUCCCCAGAGGCCUUUUGUUAAAGCUUGAUGAGAUACCUCUUUGUUGUCCUGUGAUAUGGUCAAGUCAUGAUUUAGAGAUUGUUUAGUUUGUUUGUAGCUAAGCCCCUUUGAGUUUUUUAUUUUUUUUUAGUUUUACUCAGACUUGUAGCUUAACCCACAUUGUUGCUACUGUAAGAGACUAGUAUCCAUCUUCACUUUGUAAAAUAGCACCAGUUUCAUCUUCUGUCAUGGAGUAAUGUCUUGUGAUUGAUGUUCCAA